AAGAUAAGUGUGUCUCGAGCUGAUGCAAUAUAUCGGACCAGCAUACCAGAGACAGACCGUGGGAGCAUCAGAUAACCCGCAUCAAUUUACUGAAAAACACAAGCUGCUUUCAUAUCUUUUUUCAGCCACAACGUAGCAGGACGGUUUAAAGCAAUCCAUGGCUCGAGCGCUAAGCAAAUCGGUGAGGUACACAUUCAGGACUCAUGGCUGCGGAUGCGAGUCGCUGUCGGUGUCUGUCCGCAGCAUCACUUUCUCUCCACGUCAGGUCACCUCGGACGCAGGCUUUCACUCUGUGUCUUUCUCCGAGACCGAUCAUCCCAAAGUCCUCAUCACCGGCGGUCUGGGUCAGCUGGGGGUGGGACUCGCCAAGAUGCUGCGGCGGCAAUUUGGAAAGAAUAAUGUGAUUCUGUCUGACAUCAGAAAACCUCCCAGUGAUGUAUAUCACAAUGGUCCCUUCAUUUAUUCAGAUAUCCUUGACUAUAAAAACCUGCGUGAGAUUGUGGUAAAUAACCGCAUUACCUGGCUGGUACACUACAGUGCACUCUUGAGUGCUGUUGGAGAAGCCAACGUGUCAUUGGCCCGGGAUGUCAACAUCACUGGCCUGCAUAAUAUACUGGACAUUGCAGCAGAGCAUGGCCUACGUCUGUUUGUCCCCAGCACUAUCGGGGCUUUUGGGCCCUCCUCUCCCCGAAACCCAACUCCUGACCUCUGCAUCCAACGGCCACGCACCAUCUAUGGUGUCUCGAAGGUGCAUGCUGAACUCAUGGGAGAGUAUUACCACCAUAGGUACGGGCUGGACUUUCGCUGUCUGCGGUACCCAGGCAUCAUCUCAGCAGACUCUCAGCCUGGAGGAGGGACGACAGACUACGCAGUGCAGAUCUUCCACGACGCUGUGAAGACCGGCAAGUUUGAGUGCAACCUUCGGCCGGACACGCGGCUGCCCAUGAUGUACAUCACCGACUGCCUGCGGGCCACCCUGGAGAUGAUGGAGGCCCCGGCGGAAGUGCUCAGCAUGCGCACCUACAAUAUCAACGCCAUGAGCUUCACACCAGAGGAGCUGGCUCACGAGCUGCGGAAACUGCUGCCCGGGCUGGAGGUCUCUUACCACAUCGACCCCGUCAGGCAAGCCAUAGCGGACAGUUGGCCAAUGAACUUUGACGACAGUAAUGCACGCAAGGACUGGAGCUGGAAGCAUGACUAUGACCUGCCUGAACUGGUGCAGACCAUGUUGAACUUCAUUGGGUCCGACUCGAGGAUUGCUAGUGCUAACUGAGUUCCAUAGAUCCGGCAUGGUUCUGUACAUACAGGGCAGUUCAGACUAUCAGGGACUGUAGACCCAAAAGGAUGUAAAUAUUUUGAGUGCACUGCUGGGUCUUUUAAGUUGUCUUGCUCUCAAAUAGGGAUUGUAGCGAAUAUAUGUCAGUGUCUCACUUUCGUCUGACAGCUGAAGUCGUCCAUACAUGGAGGCUUUUCCAAGGUCAAAAGGGAUGAAAGAAUGUUACUGUAAAUGUUUUCCAAUCCCUUCCAAAAAUACACACUCAAUAGCCAGAAUGUGUCUUUGUCUACCAAAUAGUGUCUGUCAAACCAAAUAUUGAUUCUGCUCAGUGAACUUACACUUGCCUUGAAUCAGCCACAAUUGAAUGAUGUUCACAUGUGUUAGGGUCCAUGUGAUUUCAUACCAAACCAUCCAGUCUUGUCUCAAGGUGAUUGUGGAAGGGAAAAUGAGUCUUCAGUAAUUGUCCUGUUGCUGAUAGUAGUCUGAACUUGCAGUACAAUGUGUAAUUAUAUUAGAAAAUGCACUCUUCAUAAUGCCUGGCUUCAUGAAGUAUUUAUUUUUCCUUUUUUGCACUCAACAAGAAUGUAAUUCUAGUUUUGUGUUUUUAUUUAGGAAUAUUUGACAAUGUCCACCUGGUGCUAUCUAGUCACUUGCUUUGUAUGACUUGCUUUAAGAGCAUCACUAUGCCUAAUGAAGUAAUGGUGCUUCACUGUUCUUUGACUAUUUUGUAGCUUGUGGCAAAAGGUGUUCAACUUAUGUUCAGGGGUUUUUUGAUAUUGUCCCUUUUCUUUAAAUUAUUAUUUUCUAAAUUCAGUGGUUUAAUGUAGAGGGGAAAUGUAGAUUCCACUCAACCCUUGUGAUAUGUCUUGUUGCCAUGAAGGAUAAUGUAGGGGCUGAAUAUAUAUAUUUUUUCUGUGUAAAUGCCUCUUCACAAGUUCUUCAGCAGAACAUUAAAUCCUCAGCUAAUGUU